AAAGAAUACCAUGAUGUGAUGAGAUAAGAAUGUCUCCGGUGAAGAAGGCAGAUGUGCGACGCGUGCUGGGAGUAUAUAUUGUCCUUGGACCCUCCAAGAUGCACGAAGAUUGUUUCAUGACAGUUUCUUUUCGCUGAAUUCAUUCUUGCAUCUCAAUUCAGGCGACAUUCAUUCACAUCGCGCUUUCUCUUUCAAUUGAUCUCCUUCGGUCUCAAGAUGUCGAAUUCCAUAUUUAGUGUCGUUAGAUCCUUCUUGUACUCGCAAUUCCUCGUCACUCCCGUCUAUCCCACGAAGCCUUUCCAAGGUCAAACAAUUAUAGUCACAGGUUCCAAUACAGGACUUGGUUUUGAGGCCGCACAGCAUUUCGUUCGCCUCAAUGCUUCGAAAGUGAUAUUGGCCGUUCGCAGCACAUCUAAAGGCGAAACAGCAAAAGCUUCCAUUCUUUCCUCCCACCCAAAGAUUAGCGCAUCGACAAUCGAAGUCUGGCCUCUCGACCUCUCAUCCUAUGAAUCCGUCAAAGCGUUUGCAGAGAAGGCGAACGGACUAGAGAGACUCGACGCCGUAGUCGAGAAUGCGGGGAUCAUGACCAAGGUUUGGACAGAGUUUGAAGGAAUGGAGAGUACGGUCACGACAAAUGUCAUCUCGACCGAACUUCUGGCUUUGCUAUUGCUGCCGAAGAUGAGAGAGACGGCAAGCAGGUUCAAUGUUGUACCGAGAUUGAGUAUCGUGACUAGUGAUUUGCAUUUUGUUAUUAGAUUUGAAGAGGGGAAAGAGGAUGAUAUCUAUGCGGCGUUGAACAGGAAAGAAGGUUGGAAUGUUAAUUCGAGAUACGCAGUCACGAAGUUGAUGGAAAUCUUUUUUGUCCGUGAAUUAGCAAAGAGGAUGGACGACUCGAAGAAGCCCAAGGUCAUCGUCAAUUGCAUGACCCCUGGAGCUUGCAUGUCAGACUUCAAUCGCGAGUCGAAAGGUCUGGAGAAGAGGCUCUUUGAGUUUCUGGCUUUCCUUCUCGCUAGGUCGACGGAGGUUGGAAGCAGAACUUUGGUAGCUGGCAUUACCGCAGAUGAGGAGUCGCAUGGUGCGUAUAUGGCGGACUGUAUUGUUACGAGCCCCUCGAAAUUUGUACUGAGUGAUGAUGGGGCGACGAUGCAGAAGAAAUUGUGGGAUCAAACGAUCAAGUUGUUGGAAAGCAUCCAACCUGGCAUUGCGAAGAAUGUUUGA